AACAGGUAAGCAGGAGUUCAACGUGAGAAACGCCGACUCAGCUCAAGGCAUCGCGGCGGAAACCACGGUGGCAACAACCGGGACGACGAGCGGACGGAACGCCAGAAGCCUCUUGACGCUCCAGAGGAGGAUGGGACGUCCCGCCGGGCUUUUGUUCCCGCGAGAGGAACACUCCAGUCCCCCGCACGCUGCGUCCUGAUUGGUCCGUGCAGCGUUUCAUGAAAACCGUGACGUCCGAUUGGCUGAAGACCUGUCGGCCAAUCGGCAGCCGGCCCGGGCAGUGUCUCCUCUGCAGCAGAUUUCUACUUCAGUCGGGACGCAACAAGAAGAGAGAGAGAGAGAGAGAGAGGUUGACCACAGCUGCAUCCAGCACUCGGCACAAGCCCCGCCCACAUGGAGGUCCCCGGGAGGCCGCGGCCCGCCUCCUUCACCACGGCUCUGCAACACGCCGCCUCGAGAGACCCGAGGAGGGAGGAGAACGACCCCGGCGAAGACGAGGAGGAGGAGGAAGGAGACACCUUCGGCGCGGACGAGGAGCUCGACGGGUCGGUCGAGGCCUCCGAGCUCGCCGCGGUAAACGCGCCGCUUUCCUCGCGGGAGGGGAGCGCGGCGGAGGAGGAGCCGCCGUCGGCCGAGGAGGCGAAGAAGAAGAGCGAAGAGGAGGAGGCGGCGGCCAAGGAGAGGGCCGCGCAGAGGCAGGUGCUGGCCAUCGAGGAGCUGGUCCAAUCGGAGAGGAACUACCUGCGGCUGCUGCGGCUCAGCACCGUGACCAUCAGGAACAACCUGCAGGAGCUCCAGCCUCCUCCUGCCGACCUGGACAGCGCGUUCCUCGACAUCGACGACGUCAUCGACGUGUCCAGCCGCCUCCUCGGCCUGCUGGACCGGCAGCCGCUGCGGCCCGGAGACCCUCUCUUCCUGGAGGUGCUGUUUUUCUCUUCCGUGUCCGUUGGCGUCUGAAGUCCCUCCGUGUCUCCUCCCCCGUGUCUCCUCCCCCGUGUCUCCUCCUCCGUGUCUCCUCCCCAGGCGAGUCCUUCCUCCGCCUCUCCCCGGACAUCGAGGCGUCCUACAGGGAGUACCUGACGCGCUACAGCCAGGUGACGCUGCUGGAGAACAGCUACAAGCAGGACGAGGCGCUGUGGAACCGCGUGGUGCGAGUCAUCAAGGCCUCGGCGCCGGACGUGAACGCCACGUCUCUGAGCUUCUUCCUGGUGAUGCCGGUGCAGCGCAUCGCCCGCUACCCGCUGCUGCUGCAGACCAUCCGGAAGCACACGGAGACGAGCCACCCGGCCUACGCCCUCCUGGAGCGCGCCACCCACACCGCCAUCGCCCUCAACUGCCGCAUCAACGAGUACAAGCGCUUCAGAGAAGUCUCGGACAAGUACAAGAAGACUGAGACGCUGACCAUGAAGGACAAGAUCUACCGGCUCAACAGCCACAGCAUCGCCAAGAAGACGGCGAGGUUCAGCCAGCACUUCAAACACGAGACGGGGAUGGCGCCCAAGCUGGUGGACGAGGAGUUCGACGCCCUGGAAGGUUUCUUCUACGUUCUGGAGCACGGCAUCCUGGAGCUGCUGGACAACGUGGAGACGUACCUGUACCACCUCCAGGGCUUCCUGUCCUGCAGGACGGAGGAGUUCGAGCUGGACCUGGACGGAGAGACGGCGCCCACGUGCUACAAGGAGGUCACCGCGGCGCUCCGGCAGUGGGUCCUCCCGACCUUCGAGAAGAGGAUGAGGACGCUGAUCCACAAGCCGCUGGGCGCCCUGCGGGACCUCCUGCCGGGCCCCAGGAACCUGAUCCGCAAGAGGCUGGACAAGCUGCUGGACUACGAGCUCCUCGAGGCCAAGAGCACCCUGAGCUACGAGGAGCAGGACGUGGCCAACACGUACAGGACCAUCAACACGCUGCUCCUCACCGAGCUCCCCCAGUUCUCCGGCGUGGCGCUGCAGGUGAUGUGCGGCGCGUUGGAGGCGUUCAGCGUCCUGCACAGAGACCUCGCCGCCGACAUGCAGCAGCUGCUCCAGAGCUUCGCUCAGCAGCUCCCUCACAGCUCUCUGGAGCGCGACGCCUUUCGGGAGUGGGCGGAGUCGGCCGUGCUGGAAGGAGCGAGGAGGCUGGAGACUCUGUGCCGGAGCGUGGAGCUCACGCUCAGCGCCCCCGCCGUCCAGCCCCUGAGCCCGUCCUCCCGGCGCCGCCUGCAGCAGCUGACGGAGAAGCACGGCUCGGGGAAGAUCUACCAGGUGGUGGCGGCGGCGGUGGCGAGCCGGGACCUGGACCUGAACCUGGCCCGGGGCGAGCUGGUGGCCGUCAUCAGCGCCGCCGACACACGCGGAGACAAACGGCGCUGGCUGGUCGACGCCGGAGGCCCACGAGGGUACGCUCCUUCCUCGAAGCUGAUUCGCUAUCACCAGCCGACAGAAGACCCGCCCCCCUCGCCACAUCUGACGCUGCCUGAUGGCGUGACGGGAAUCAGACGCCACUCCUACACGCCGGAGAGCCAACCGCUGACGGUCAUGAGCCAGCCCUGCUUGCAGGUGCUGGCGGCGUACGACUUCACGGCGUCGGGGACCCACGAGGUGUCGGUCCGGGCCGGCGAGCCGGUCCGCGUGCUGGAGCCGCGAGACAAGCGGGGGAACCCCGACUGGAGCCUGGUGGAGGCGCGGGGGGGGAGGCGGGGCUACGUGCCCUCCAACUACCUCGCCGUGGCGCCGCUGGGGGCCGGGACGCGCUGAGGAGGGAGGAAAGGAGGCAGGGGGAGGGGGGAGGAUUCUGAAUUGCAUUUUACAGCUGAUUUAUUUAUUAUUUAUUUCUCUUCAUUACAUAAGCUGCACAGUUCGAACCACAGACAUUAUUAUAAUAAUGCUAAUUAUUAUUAAUAUUAUUUUAUAAUAAUAAUUGUUAUUAUUAUUAAUAAUAACAAUUAUUAUUAUUAUUAUAAUACUAAAUUAUUAUAAUAAUAAUUAUUAUAAUUGUUAUAAUAAUAAUAAUAAUAAUUAUUAUUAUUAUUAUUUUUAUUAUUAUUAUUUGUAUCAGUUCACAUCACAUAAGUGAAGCUAUGUGAGUAACACUGGAAACAUUGAAGGAAGCUCCGGCCCAGGUGGUGCCGGUAGUUCUGUGGGUGCUUGCUCAUGAGCACUUGGGCAGGACAGACGCUCUCUUUUUUUCGGUUGUGCUCGAUGGAUCCGGAGCUUCAGUUUGUGCUCCAGACAAAGACUCAAUGAACGAGGUCAAAGGUCACGAUGACGACCUCGCACGUCCAACGAGACGCCGUGUGGGGCGAGUAACGACUUGAACCAUAUUCAACGUGUUUCCUCUCCAUUUGGCCCAAAAGGAACAAUUCACCAGUUAAAGUAGAUUUUAAACUAUGAUCUCAACAACAACAACAACACAUUUCACUCAUUUACUUCUGUCUUCGUCCUGCGGGACGAAUCCUCACAAACAAACAACACUUUUUUGGGGUUUUCCUGAACGUCAGUAAAGUCACGGGAAGGAAGGAGCUCCGCCGCGGUCACAUGACCUCAGGGAGGCCGAGUGUCCUAGGGAGGACGCUUACUCGUCUCCUUUCUCUAACCAGAGGGAAUACGUACUGACCUUAAACAUAUCGUAAAGCGAUUUAAAUAUCUUUAUUUUCAUGUUCAUCAUUUUUUCGAGGGAACCAGAAGUGUUAAAACGCUGAGUCACCUCAUGCUGACUCACCUGCGGGUUUGAGGACUCGUCUUCCUCCUGUCGGGUGGUUAUUGUUGUUGUUCUUUUUUUUAAUCCCAAUUCAUGACAAACAAACAGGAAGAAGCUCUUUUUUUUCUUUUUUCUUUCUCUUUUUCUUUUUUAAGGACGCUUUCUUUCAAUUUAGUGUCUUUAAAGUUCCUGUUGUGGCUUCAACACAGCAAACCAAUGAGAAACAGAGAGCCAUGAAGUAAAGGGGGGGGGGGCGGCGACACACACACACACACACAUUCUCGGUGCCUCGUUCCUCCAGGUGUGUGUGUGUGUGUGUGUAUGCGUGGUGCCGUCAUUCCGCUGUCGGCCACCAGAGGGCGCAGGAGACCCGCGUUGCUUUCUUUACCUUUUGUCAGUAUUAGAGCUUGAAAAUAAUUCUGUGCUUUCUGUUCAUAUUGUUCAGUCCACAUGGGAUGUGUGUGUGUGUGUGUGCAGCUGAUAAUCAGUUCUGUUUUGUUCUGUUUUUUAACUUAUUUAAUCCGCGGGGCCACCUGACCACGAACCAUGAAGUCUUUGAAGUUUUGCUUAGAAGUUGUGAUUUUUAACACACACACACACAUGGACUCACACACAUUCACACAGCAGAUGGGAGUGCCCAGCGGUACCUGUCAGCCGGCUGUGAACCGUGUGGCUUCAAUAAAAAAUAAACAGAAA